AUGGAUUUAUACGAUAAUCCCGCCUUUCAAACGGUCCAGAAGUUGCGGGUGACUGCACAAAAACUUUUGGACGCUAGCGUUCCCCAUACCCGAGCCCGUUGGGCCGGGUUUGGCGUUGUUCUUGCUCUAUUUCUUCUUCGAAUCAUUCUAGUUCAAGGCUGGUACAUCAUCUGCUAUGCGCUUGCCAUUUACCUUCUCAAUUUGUUUCUUGCGUUUUUGACGCCCAAAUUUGAUCCGUCGUUGGAACAGGAAGAAUCGGCCAUGGAUUUGGAGGAUGGCGUUGGUGGUACUCUUCCUACGACUGCCGAUGAGGAAUUCCGGCCUUUUAUUAGGAGAUUGCCAGAAUUUAAGUUUUGGCGCAAUGGAACGGUUGCGUCCGUGCUCUCGUUGGUGAUGUCUUUCUUCUCUGUGUUCGACAUUCCGGUGUUCUGGCCCAUUCUUGUGGUCUACUUUGUUCUCCUUUUCGCAUUGACCAUGCGUAAACAAAUUCAGCACAUGGUGAAAUAUAAGUAUUUGCCAUGGGAUAUUGGUAAGGCUAAAUAUAAUAGACCAUAA